AAUAUCACGGUGAACGACUUGAACACCAUGGAGAACAACACAACCAUCUUUCAGGAAGUCACGCAGGUUUUGAACAUGACAGAAAUACCUCUGAACCCUCUUGAAGAGCAGGUCAUAACAAUACUUUUGACAAUGCUCAUCUGCGGAGUUGGGAUUGCUGGGAAUAUCAUGGUGGUGCUGGUUGUGCUGCGCACCAAACACAUGGUGACCCCCACCAACUGUUACCUUGUCAGUCUGGCUGUGGCAGACCUCAUUGUGCUCUUGGCUGCAGGGCUGCCUAAUAUCUCCGAUGUUGUAGCCUUCUGGAUUUACGGCUACACGGGAUGCUUGUGUAUAACUUACCUUCAGUACCUGGGCAUCAACGUGUCAUCCUGCUCCAUCACAGCCUUCACCAUUGAACGAUACAUUGCCAUUUGUCACUCCAUAAAGGCACAGUUCAUUUGCACCGUUUCCCGGGCCAAGAGGAUCAUAGCUGGCGUCUGGGUCUUCAACUCGCUCUACUGCAUUAUGUGGUUCUUCUUAGUGGACACAGAUGAAACCGUCUAUACCAACGGAGUGGUGGUCACUUGUGGCUACCGUGUCUCCAGGAGCCUCUACAUGCCAAUCUAUUUCCUGGACUUCACUCUGUUUUAUGUGAUCCCGCUCAUUGUGGCCACUGUGCUCUACGGACUCAUCGCGAGGAUUUUGUUCAUGAGCCCUCUGCCGUCGCACCUCAACGAGAGAGGAGGGUCGGUUCACCAGGGUCACUCAAACAGCACCAACAAGGCCAACAAGGGUGCAGUCUCUGCAAGGAAGCAGAUAACGAAGAUGUUGGCUGUGGUGGUCGUCCUCUUCGCCUUGCUCUGGAUGCCGUACCGAACACUGGUGGUGGUCAACUCCUUCAUCGACCCGCCUUACCACAACACCUGGUUCCUGCUCUUCUGCCGGAUGUGCAUCUACACCAACAGUGCCAUCAACCCCAUCAUUUACAACCUCAUGUCUCAGAAGUUUCGCGCCGCCUUCAAAAAGCUCUGCAAGUGCAGCUGGCAACGCAAGGAGAAGGCACCCGAGUACAAUGUGCCGAUGUAUUACAGCGUGAUGAAGGAUUCAUCCCAUGAGAGCAACGAACCGGUCACGGAGCAGGAGGACGUGAGUGGCCAAACCAUCAAGAGGUUCAAUGUAACGCAUGAUAACACAAGCACUUUCAACAUCUCUUAA